AUGCAGCUACAAGCGGAUCCAAGGGAGAAGCUAGGGUCGUCUUCGAGUAAACCAGGAUCUAGCGAUCACUCGGCGCAUAUCCUUUCACUAUUUCCAUAUCUCCCAGAACUAUCCCUUCGUUAUCAGGAACGGACCCCGCUCCUGCAUAGACGGUUCUGCGUUCGGAACUGCGAAAUUCCUGUGGGCUGCAAUGAUUACGAACUUAGCCCUACUCCCCUGGUUACAAACCAGGAGCACAUCCCUUUCGACCCAUCUAAAGUGCUUUCCGAGCAUUUGGAUGAGCUCAGCGACAAACUAUUUACGUUAUUUCCUGUGUGCGAUGUCUGGAUUGAUCGAGCCUGGACGCCAAGUGCGUUCCUUGCCAAAAUUGGCGGCCGAGACGAGAAUUUGGGAAGAACGACGCCAGGAUGCAGUGAGUACAAUCUGAGGCGUCGCAGGAUGAUGCGAGCAUUACCAAGCGGUGCGAUAGUUGUAGCACGGCGAGGCAUCAAGAAACCUCCGAGCUCGAUUGAGCUGAUUGAGAUCAUCUUAGCCUUCUAA